UUAGGCGAAGCGUAAUUUUUUGCAAUUCUGUAGCUUGGUGUAAACGCUGACGUGCUUCGCUAUGUGAUUUCGCAAACUCGGCAGUGCGUCUCACUCCUCUCUUUCACGCAAUUUCUUCUCUUUCUUUAUUUAUUUCUCCCGUUGCAGUUUGUGUUGCGAAACUUUGCUUGUUCUCACUCUGAGUCAGUGUUGCAGGGGUUCGGAGCGUGUUGUGUUGUGCUUGUGGAUCCAUUCUUAUAAAACAUUUCAACAACUUUUAAGCUGGAAAUAUGAGUCGCCUAAACGAGGUAGAAAUGCAAGAUACGUUUCAAAUGGAAACUAACAAUAACUACAACAAAUUUCACGAUCCAUGGGUGAGGUCAGGAAUGAAAGGACAACGAGACGAAACUUUCAUUGCCGACGAUGACAAUCAUAUUUAUAAAAGGAAUGACUCCACACAGCCACUGACAGAUAGUCAACGAAAGCUUAGCGUCUACCAUCAUGAACCAGCACAAGGAACCGCUUCAUUCGCCAUCAGUGUCUUCAACUUAAUGAACGCGAUCUUGGGUUCGGGUAUCUUGGGUCUCGCAUACGCAAUGGCUCAACUUGGCAUUGUUCUCUUCUUCAUAUGUUCCAUCGCGGUUGCUUUCCUUGCCCUGUACGCAAUACACUUACUGCUGAUCUUGUGUGAACAAACUGGAGUGAAGGCGUAUGAAAAACUUGGAUUCAAAGCAUUUGGACUACCGGGACGGAUAACUGCUGCUGUUUGCAUCCUCAUGCAAAACAUCGGUGCCAUGUGCAGUUAUUUAUUCAUUGUCAAAUACGAACUCCCCAACGUACUGAUGACCUUUAUGGGUUUAACUGAAACUGACGGGUCUUGGUAUUUAAACGGUGAUUAUUUGGUUGUGUUGGUCACGUUGUGCAUGAUUAUGCCGUUGGCAACUUUCAAAAAUAUCGGCUUUCUAGGAUACACCAGUGGUUUCUCGAUAUCGUGCAUGUUUUUCUUCACUGGAGUGGUUAUAGCUAAGAAAUUUUCUAUUCAAUGUCCUUUGUUCGACCCGGCAAUAUUUGAAAACAGCAAUUCGAGUGCAUCAGCAAACGAGUCUUAUCACGCUGUCACUGAUGAUAUACUGGAAAAUAUUACGUCAGCAACAGAAGUGGUGUUUCGUAACAUAACUGAAAUGAUGGCACCAACAGAAACCGAUCUGUUCCAACAAUCCUUGGAAAGCCGAGCAGAACUUCUGUAUGAAGACUUUGGUCCCCAAGUGUGUAUUGCUCAGCCACUAACAUUAACCAGCAGAUGGGCUUAUAGUAUUCCUACAAUGACGUUUUCAUUUGUCUGUCAUACAGCUGUGUUACCAAUAUACGCCGAACUGAAAAGGCCAUCACCUGCUCGAAUGCAAAAAGUAGCAAACACGUCGAUCAGUUUCUGUUUUAUCCUUUACUCUUUGGCUUCACUUUUUGGUUAUUUGACUUUCUACAAUUGGAUGGAAGCUGAGAUGUUGCUAAUGUACAGUUAUGUUAAUGCAUCCGAUGUAAUGACUCUGAUUGUUCGACUAACGGUGCUAAUUGCUGUGGUGUUGACUGUUCCCUUAACACACUUUCCCGCUCGUAAAGCGCUUACCUUUCUAAUAUUUCCCAAUCGAGAUUUUUCAUGGUGGAUCCACAUUGGAAUUAUGACAUUUUUGUUAUCUUUGAUCAAUCUACUGGUUAUAUUUGUACCAUCUAUCAGAGAAGUUUUUGGAAUAAUUGGUGCUACCGCUUCAACGAUGCUCGUCUUUAUUCUCCCAUGUCUCUUCUUCCUUAAGAUUGAUCCACGGCCCAUGAAGUCCGCAAAAAAGAUCAGCGCUGCUGUAAUGAUGGUUGUCGGGCUGUGUUUGAUGACGGAAAGCCUUAUUGUGAUUGUUGUCGGUUACUUUGAUUAAGCUGUCUUAGAUAAUUUCAAGUAGUACAACAUUCGUCAUUCAAACAAUUAACCGCAUUGUCACAAAGCGAAAUAUUAAGUUAACGCGCGAGUAUGGCUCUGUCUUCCGCGUAUAACGUUAAUGAUAGAAUAACAAAUUAAGUGCCUUUAUGUCAACAACAUUGUUCUUAUUUUUGUUUUCUAAUAGUUUGCCUAUGGUCACAUAAUGGAAUGAACACAUUGAAAGAUUGUUCAGCCCAACUGGUAUAAGUUGAAAACACAUCAUACCUUAUGGUCAAUGGGGUUAAGAUGGGAUACCGUUACACCUGAAUCACACAUUUCGUGAUCGUAGUUUUAACGAUGAAAAAAAUAGUACGAGAAGAAAGAAUUAAAACAUGUCCUGUCUUACCCCACUCCGCUAUAACUUUAAAAAUAUUAAUUAUAAGACAUUUAUAUACAUGGUUGUAUUAUAGAUCAGUGUGAUAAUUUCAAAAUAAAUACACCUAAUUACCGUAAA